CCCGCCACCCGCUCCGCACCCGGCUCGCCAUGCACUCCGCCGCCGCCGCCCUGGCGCUGCUGCUGUGCGCCGGGCAAGUGUCUGCCCUCCCUGUGAACAGUCCUAUGUCAAAGGGGGACACCAAGGUGAUGAGAUGCGUCUUGGAGGUCAUCUCUGACUCUCUGUCCAAGCCCAGCCCCAUGCCUGUCAGCCUUGACUGUCUGGAGACCCUCCAAGGAGACGAGCGGAUCCUUUCCAUCCUGCGACACCAGAAUCUGCUGAAGGAGCUCCAGGAUCUGGCUUUCCAAGGGGCCACCGAGCGGGUCCAGCAGCAGAAGCAGCAGCACGGCGACUUCGAGGAUGAACUCUCGGAGGUGCUGGAGAACCAGGACCCUGAGGCCAAGGCAGAAGAGGAGACAGCAGAGGCACCCUCCAAGGACACUGUGGAGAAAAGAGAGGAUUCUGAAGAGGCACCGCAGGGUGGCGGGGUCACCGAGGGAGCCAGGCCCCAGGCCUUCCUAGAGCCAAAGCAAGACUCGCCCAUGGUGGGGCAUGGGGAAAAGGAUGUCACCAACACCCAGCCACCAGCCAGCCUCCCCGGCCGGGAACACCCACCCCCACAGGCUGCAGAGGACAUAGAGGAGGGUCUGAGUGCUCAGCAAGACCAGCAGCCCAGACAGGAAGAGGAGGAGGAGGGGGAGGCUGAAGAGAAGGCGGGGCCUGAGGAGGAAGAAGGCCCCACGGCAGCACCCAGCUCUGGCCGUGGCUUUGACUCUGGCCUUGACUACAAGGAGAUCCAGAAAGGUCCCUCUGAGACUCAGACUGUGGGUGGAGGUGGAAAGAUGGUCGCUGCAGAGGCUCGGCCCUCGAAGGGGAAGGGACAGUGGGAGCGCUCUGAGCAAGAGGAGGAAGAGGAGGAGGAAGAGGUGAUGCCAGGGGCCCCUGGAGAUGUCUUGCAGGGCGGGAAGAGCCAGGAGCUACAGCCACAGCAGCAGCAGGAGCAGCAGCGGCUCUCCAGGGAGUGGGAGGGUGCCAAGCGAUGGGGCAGGAUGGAGCAGCUGGCCAAGGAGCUGACGGCAGAGAAGCGCCCGGGCGAGGAGGACCCUGACCGCUCCAUGAAGCGCCCCUUCCGGGCCCGGCCCUACGGUUUCAGGGAACCCGGGCCACAGCCACGCUGGGGCUGGAGCCCACCGUCCUCGCGGGAGGACAGUGUGGAGGCCAGCCUGCCCCUGCAGACCCACAGUGACCCCGGAGAGAAGAAGGAGGAGGAGGGCAGCGCCAACCGCAGAGCAGAGGACCAGGAGCUGGAGAGCCUGUCCGCCAUCGAGGCAGAGCUGGAGAAGGUGGCGCAUCGGCUGCACGCGCUGCGGCGGGGCUGAGCACCGGUGGUGGGGCCCAGGGCCCCCCUGUGGUCUUGGCUCUGCUGUUCCCUCUGCCUGGCCACUGCUGGAAGCUGCUUCUGGUAGGGAAAUGGCCUCCUGCUGCCAGAGCCCAGACCACCGUGUUGCCCCUUGCACCUCUUCUGCUCUCAGCCCCAACCCUGGACACUUCUGCAGGACAGCCCUGACUGUCAGCACGGAUUCCUUCUCUGAGCACAGGCAGCUUUCUAGAAGUUUCUCUUCCACCUUCCUGUCCAUGGGGCACAACUGCAAUAACUUCUUACCUUUGAGUGAAAGCCGAGAGCUCCUGACUGUAAUAUAUUCCAGGCAAAAUUUAUCUAAGGAAGAAUAAACCUGAACCAGGCUC